CUAUUCUGUAAUAACAUUCACUGGCUGGCUGAUGUUUUACCCUACGCCUGCCUACCCUACGCCCCCCUCCACCUCCCUACACCCUGCAUGGGGUUGCAAAUCCCGGUGCGCGCGGAGUCUUCAUGCGCAACCGCUCUACUUUUGCAAGUGGACUUCUCUUCUUGGAAACUACAUAGUAAAAUGAAUAUAUUAUCUAAGCUACUUUUGCUCUACAUGAUAUCAAUUAUUAAUUCAGAUAGUUUAGGAUUCUGUCCGCCUUUUUGCGACUGCACAAAUUGGGAUAUCCGAACGAUUUCAUGUUUCAAGAUGGAAGUCUUACCUUCAUUCCAUCCAAGCACAACUCAUUUAUGGCUUGAAGAGACGAGGCUUUCCUCAAUACCCCCAGAUGCCUUUGCUAACAUGGUUAAUAUUUCCCACAUCUAUAUAUUUGAUGAUGAAUACCUAAAGCUUUUAGACAGACACUCAUUUCACAACCUCCCCAAAGCCUCUCACAUAGAAAUACGAAGUAUCCGGACAUUGUCACACAUUGACAGGGAGGCAUUCAAGGACCUGCCACAUUUAAAAUAUCUGGAGAUUUCCAACACAGGGCUUCUAUCCUUCCCUGAACUGGGACACAUUCACUCCAGCCAAGAAGAGCUCAUCUUGGAUAUUUCAGACAAUCCAUUUAUAACUGUACUACCUGCCAACUCAUUCAAUGGAAUCUCUGAGUCCACCAUAAUCCUGAUGCUGAACCGCAAUGGACUGACUGAGAUUCAGGCCUUUGCGUUCAAUGAAAGCAGACUGGAGAAAGUGAAUCUUAAAAGAAAUGUGGAUUUGGUGAGAAUGGAUGAGAAAGCAUUCGCUGGUGUGAUCAGUGGCCCUGUUGUUUUAGACAUUUCAGAGUCGAGGGUGAGCAUUUUACCAUCAAUUGGGUUGGAGUUUGUUGAGAAACUUCUAGCUGAAAACACUUGGGCCCUUAAGAAACUACCACCCCUCGAAGCCUUUCAGCAUCUGCAGAGUGCUCAAUUAACCUACCCGAGCCACUGCUGCGGACUCCUAAAGAUGAAACGGUGGAGAGGACAUGUGGAGCUAGGUAUUUGCAAUCUGACCAAUGGUGGAGUACAACAGACAUCCAUGAGGUCUGCAGUGGCUCCAUCUCUGGAGUACCAGAGUCUGGGGUCUGUUUCCAUGGAUCCGCAUCAGAUCAACAGGAGCCAUCCACACGCAACCGACAGUCCAUACGAGUACAACUACGACACCUACGACUGUCAAACUGAGGAAUGCAUCGAGGACAUUUUUGUGGAGUUUCCUACAGAGCAUCUGGAUGAAGGCUUUGAUUACACCCUGUGCGACGACGACAAGCUGGACCAGGGUGUCAUUUGCCUCCCAAAGCCAGAUGCCUUCAACCCCUGUGAAGACGUCAUGAGCCUGGGCUUCCUCAGGGUGUCCCUGUGGGUCGUCAGCUCGUUAGCCAUCCUGGCUAACCUUCUGGUGUUGCUCAUUCUGCUGUCCAGCCACAGCAAGCUGACGAUCACUCGCUUCCUCAUCUGCAACCUGGCAUUCGCGGACUUAUGCAUGGGGAUGUACCUGCUGCUCAUCGCCUCCGUCGACUGGUACACGCGCUCCCAGUAUUACCACUAUGCCAUCGCCUGGCAGAUGAGUCCUGGUUGCCACCUCGCUGGGGCGCUCACCAUCUUUGCGAGUCAGCUUUCCGUCUACACGUUGACAGCCAUUACCCUCCAGCGCUGGCACGUCAUUAUCUUCGCCAUGAGCCCGCAACGCCGCCUGCGGCUACGCCAUGCGUUGGUGGUGAUGCUAGUGGGUUGGGUUCUCUGUUUGCUGCAAGCCUUCUUGCCAUUAGUCGGUGUAAGCAGCUACCAGAGGGUAAGCAUCUGUCUACCCAUGGAUAUUGAGACACCUGCCGCUCGCAUCUACGUGGUCUCCGGGCUAGUGAUCAAUGUACUGGCGUUCAUGGUGGUGUGUGUUUGCUAUGUGCACAUCUACUGCAUGGUCCAUAAUCCACAGCACCAGUCCAGCAGAGGAGAUGCCAGCAUGGCGAAACGUAUGGCCGUACUUAUUUUCACCAAUUUCUUAUGCCUGGCCCCGAUUUCCUUUUACGGCCUCUCUGCUACUCUGUACCGACCGCUCAUCACGGUUACUGAUUCCAAGGUAUUGUUGGUGCUAAUUUACCCCCUGAACUCCUGUGCCAACCCAUUCCUCUAUGCCAUCCUUACACGGGCUUUUCACACAGACAUCUUUAUCUUGCUGAGCAAGAUGGGCAUCUGUCGGAGCAAGGCCCAGCUCUACCGAGAACAACUAGUCAUUGGCAGGUUCCAGAGCUCCAAACCAUGUGCAGUUAAGUCCAAGUAAACCUCGCCAACUCUUUUUUUGAGAAUUUACAAAAGUUAAA